UUAUAUAAAACUGCUUAACUGUGUUUGUUUUAUGUAUUAUUUAGAGUUAAAUUGUCUAGUUGUGAUUUGUGAAGUAAGUUACUUUAUAGUUUCUACUAAAAAUAUUUAAAUAUGAGUUAUAUUAGUAAAUGUGAUUGCGGUAAAUUAAGUUCUUCAAUGAAUGAUUUAAAUUGGAGUAGACAUGUUAACUCAUGUAAAGUACGAAAAUUUAAAAGAAACUCACAUGACAUAAAAUCUUUUUUUUCUGGAAGCAAUAAAAAAAGCAAAUUGACUCACCAAAUUACUGAUGCAAAAAAUACUCUUGUUGAUUUAAAUGAAGAACCAGUACAUAAAGAAUCUUUGAUUAAAUCUGAACUUCAACAAGAUACUGAGAUAAAUACAUGUUUGGAAAAAAAAGCUCUUGUUGAUUUAAACAAUGAUUUAAAUGAAGAACCAGUACAUAAAGAAUGUUCGAUUGAACGUGUCGAAUGUGAACUUCAACAAGAUACUGAGAUAAACACAUGUUUGGAAAAUAAAUGUAUGUCUCUUGUUGAUUUAAACAAUGAUUUAAAUGAAGAACCAGUACAUAAAGAAUGUUCGAUUGAACGUGUCGAAUGUGAACUUCAACAAGAUACUGAGAUAAACACAUGUUUGGAAAAUAAAUCUCUUGUUGAUUUAAACAAUGAUUUAAAUGAAGAACCAGUACAUAAAGAAUCUUCGAUUGAACUUGUCGAAUGUGAACUUCAACAAGAUACUGAGAUAAACACAUGUUUGGAAAAUAAAGGGUAA